AUGGUCCUGCUAGGUCUCACUCACCCGAACAUAGUCACCAAGUUCCAGGCCCACCCGCCUGAUGGACGCACGUUUUCGCGCCAGCACGAGCUUCCCCGUCUUCCCAUCCCGCCCCUCGAGGACAGCUGCCGACGAUACCUCAAGGCACUCGAGGGCCUCCAAGAUCCAAGAGAGCAUGAGCACACGAAGCAGGCGAUCGAAGAGUUCCUCGUAAGCGACGGACCAAGAUGGCAGGAGCGCCUGAAGGAGUACGCCGAUGACAAGGCGAGUUAUAUCGAGGAGUUCUGGUAUGAGUCCUACCUUUCGCACACGGACCCAGUCGUGCUCGCCCUCAACCCUUUCUUUGUCCUCGAAAAUGAUCCCACGCCCGACCGGGGCUCACAGCUUCCCCGCGCGGCCUCUCUCAUUGUUUCCUCCCUUGGCUUCAUUCAUGAUCUCCGUGCCGGCAUGCUCGAGCCCGACAGCAUCCGCGGCACUCCGCUCGACAUGGACCAAUACACAAGGCUUUUCGGCACCGCGCGCAUACCCACUGAGCGAGGCUGCAAGAUGGAGAUCCAUUCGGACUCGCGGCACAUUGUCGUCCUCCGGCGUGGCCAAUUCUAUUGGUUCGACGUGCUUGACGAUGAAAACCGGCCCGUGCUCACCGAGCGUGAGAUACUGCGGAAUCUGCAGGCCAUCGUCAGAGACGCGGAUGAGCUGCCCGUGCACGAGGUUGCACGCAACUCGAUAGGUGUCCUGUCUACCGAAAACCGCAAGCUCUGGUCCAGCCUUCGCCAUCAACUGUCGAAGAACGGGAAUAAUGACUCGUGUCUGCAAAUCAUCGACAACGCGCUCUUCGUCGUCUGUGUCGACGAUGCGACGCCGGAGAGCCUCGCUGAGCUCUGCAAUAACUUCCUGUGUGGAACAUACAAUCUGAAGAAUGGCGUUCAGGUUGGGACGUGCACAAAUCGGUGGUAUGACAAGCUGCAAAUCAUCGUAUGUGCCGAUGGCUCUGCUGGGAUUAACUUUGAACACACUGGCGUUGAUGGCCAUACCGUCCUUCGCUUUGCUGCUGACAUCUUCACCGAGGGUCUCAUGCUGCUUGCGCGUUCUAUCAACCCCUCUGCCCCGACCCUCUUCCACGCGACGCUCUCUCCGUACGCCAAGUCGUACAAGCACUCUCGUGGGUCCGCCGUCGCUCCGCAGCUCAGCUACGUCAUCGAUACCGUUCCAAAGAAGCUCGAGUGGGCCCUCUAUCCUGAGCUGCGCGCCGCUAUCCGGUUCGCGGAAACCCAUCUGAGCGACCUUAUCUGCCAGAACGACUGCCAGGCGUUGGAGUUCAAGGGGUAUGGGAAGAACUUCAUCACGAGCCAUGGGUUCAGCCCGGAUGCGUUUGUGCAGAUGGCGUUCCAGGCAGCGUACUAUGGGUUGUAUGGCCGCAUCGAGUGCACGUACGAGCCUGCGAUGACGAAGCACUUCCUACACGGCCGUACCGAGGCGAUCCGCACGGUCCAAUCGCACUCGGUCAACUUUGUCAAGACGUUCUUCUCCGAGGUGCAGCUCGCGCAGAAGAUUACCGCGCUGCGGACCGCAUGCCAGGGGCACGUCAAGCUCACGAAGGAAUGCAGCCAGGGACUCGGGCAGGACCGCCACCUGUACGCGAUGUACUGCCUUGUGCAACGAGAGCGUGAGUCGAUCCGCGAGGAGGAUGAGGCAUCUUCGUCGCCUAGCGGGAGUGUGAGCUCGUUCACGAGCACCGCGAGCGAGCGUCCAGCGCUGCCGUCGAUCUUCACCGAUCCGGGCUGGAGCACGCUGGGCACGUCGAUCCUGUCAACAUCGAACUGUGGGAACCCGGCGCUGCGGCUGUUUGGGUUCGGGCCCGUCGCGGCGGAGGGAUACGGCAUCGGGUACAUCAUCAAGGAUGAGGGAAUUUCAAUCUGUGCGUCGUCGAGGCACCUGCAGACGCGAAGGUUCUUGGACACGCUGGAGGGGUACCUGCUGGAAGUGCAGCGGAUGCUGAUUCAGUUGCACCUGAGCGCAAACCCGAGGCCAGAGCCGUUUGUGGACCAUGCGGGUGUCCUGCGCGACUCGAAGACGGGACGGCCGAUGAAUGGGCAGGCGACCGGGUACGGGGAGUAUGACGACGGGAACAUGAUGCCUGGCUAUUCGUUCUUCGACAGCAUGGAUGUCGAGCUGCUUGGACGGAGAAAGCGGAUGCCGAAGUAUUACAACACGGGGAGGAUCAUUCCUCUCGCCGAGUAUUAG